UAACUGGCGGCCGCAACUUAAUAUCUCGCAGCCGCCACUUAAUCAUCUGAAUUAUCUGACGCUAUCAGUCAGACCAAAGACUCGAAGCUUUGGAGAAGGAAAUCUUCACAGGUGAGCUCGCUGUUCCCGCUUUAAUUUUUGGUUUGCUUAGUUCUAAUAACGCCAGGUAAUGAAAAAUCCCUCCCUGUAGGCCAAUAUUGCCAAAGCUUUUGGCAGAUGAGAUGUAUUGCUUUUAAUAGCCUUUAGUACCGUAGUGUUAUCAUGCAUAAUGCAUGAGGCCCCUGAUUGUCUCGACUCUGCCUGUGAUUAUGACAAAGCGGCUGAUUUUUGCUACUAAACACUAAUAUUUUCACGGUAUGGUGUUCAAAAUGUGUAUGUAGUAUACAUGUUGUAUUAUUUUGCUCACACAGAUAAGCUAUGGAUCAAGAUAUUAUAGCCACGUAUUUCCAUUUGGGUCUCAGCUACACGGAAAUUUUGUAUGCGCUUGCUUUAAACCACCGAAUCGUCAUAAGUCUUAGGACACUGAAAAGACGCUUGCGUCAGCAACGUCUGUUUCGACGCAAACACUUCACUGACAUUCUGGAAGUCGCUGACUUCAUUUUUGAUCAGAUCAAUGAAAGUGGAAUUAUGCAUGGAUACAGAUGGAUGCAUUUGAAAUGUCUGCAAGCUGGCAAAGUCGUUCAACGAGACACGGUUUAUGCCGUUAUGAAGAUCCUAGAUCCUGAUGGUCUGCAACUUCGGAGAAGAGGCAGGCUCAUAAGAAGGGAAUACUUCGCAAGGGGACCCAACUACUUGUGGCACCUGGACUCCUAUGACAAACUUAAGACGUAUGGGUUGCGCAUCAAUGGGUGCAUUGAUGGGUUUUCGCGUCAGAUAGUUUGGCUAAACGUAUAUCGCACGAGCAGCGAUCCUAAGGUAAUUGCUGGAUAUUACAUGGAAGCAGUGAGCGCUAUGGAGGGAUGUCCAAGUAUGAUCAGAGGAGACAUGGGAACCGAGAACGGGCGUGUGGCGAUGAUGCAAGAGUUCUUGUCGGAGCAGAAUAGCUUCAUAUAUGGGAAAAGUACUCACAAUCAGCGGAUAGAGGCUUUUUGGUGUAUGCUGCGUAAAGAAUGCACACAAUUUUGGAUUGAUGCUCUGAAGACAUUGAAGGAUGUUGGCGAUUUCACAGGAGACUCUCUAGACACAGGUCUUGUCCAAUUCUGCUUUAUGAGUUUGGUCCAGAAUGAUCUUGAUAGGAUGUCGUCUGUCUGGAACUGCCAUCGCAUACGACGUUCAAAGAAUCAGAACGUUCCCAACGGAAGACCUGUAGUUCUCUUCUCCAUGCCAGAAUUGUUUGGCCGACGUGACUACUUGAAGCCAGUUGACCAGGAACAUAUCGAAGCCUGCUGCACCGAGUGUACCUUCAGGGAUGGCCUUCCGUGUGACGAGGAGUUAUUUGAACUCUUCAUUAUUUACAUGACUGAACAUUCUUUGGAACAUCCUGGCAAUGUAGAGCAGGCACUGCAGCUUUACCACGCGCUGCGUGAUGCCAUUCGACAGGAUCUGGAACAGUAAUAUAUAGACCUAUAUAGUUUCUCACAAUACUGUCAGUGUCGGUGAUACGUGCUGCCCAGAAACGACUUGUGGAUCAGUAAUGAGAUGAAUUAUUGAUGUUAUAUGAAAACCUCCAAUUUGUAAAAAAAGAAGCACAUGUCACGAAGUAGACAUCAAUUACAAAAAGGCCAUUAAUGAACCUCUUAAAGUUGAAAUUGGUGUACUAAGUUGUCAGUUUUCUGAAAUCAAGUACAUGGAAUUAUUGAAGUAAUUGAGUAGGAUAAACAGCCAACGUCAAGGAUAAACAGCCAACGUCAAAAAAAAAUAGCCGAUAUCCCACUCAGCCCAGCCAGACGUUAUUAAAAUAUCAAGCAACAGGUUUCAUGUGUGUUGGUGGGGGUGAGGGACCUUCUGCUGAGCAACCCCAGCAAAUAAGGCGAAGUACACCAUGUCUGCACCCCUGGACCCAUUCUUAGAACAUAGACUCGAAUGCCAUGAAUGACGUACAGACAAAUCUAUGUAGAUUACACUACUAAUUACAUUCUUACCUAUUUCUUAGUUUUGUUUAUGUAUAAGUC